GAUCUAUCAUGUUCUAAUUUUUCUGGAUCUCCAUCUGAUGUUCAUUAUAACUCAACACAAAUUUUCCGCAUGUUUGUUGGUAAGAAAGAUGCUUCCAUAAUAACCACACCUCCUAGAGGUUAG